GAGGGGGCGUCUGUGCGCACGCGCGGAGGGGCGGCGGACGAGUCGUUGGGUCUCGCGCUGAUCGGCCGAACGGGCGCUCGCGACCAAAGAUCUUUGCUCGCGACUGUGCGCGCUGCGCUGCGAGGGCGGAGAGCGGAGAACGGAGAGCGGCGGCGGCCGAGGCCGACCGACCGACCGACUGGUGGAUUGAGCACACGGCGCCCGAAGCUGCCCCGCAAACAUGAUACGCAGCAAGGAUGAGGUGGAGAAGUACAUCGCCUCAGUGCAGGGCGCCAAGCCGCUCUCGCCCCGCGAGAAAUCACUCAAAGGAUUUUUGUUUGCAAAACUCUACUACGAAGCCAAAGAAUAUGAACUUGCAAAGAGGCAGGUAUCGGCAUACAUAAAAGAACAAGAAAGGGAUCCAAAAGCACACAAACUUCUUGGCCAGAUUUAUGAAUCUGAAGGUGACAUUGAAAAAGCCAUUGGUUGUUAUAAGCGAGUUGUUGAACUGAACCCAAUGCAGAAGGAUAUUAUCCUGAAAGUGGCUGAUUUGCUGUGCAAUAAUGGAAACCUUAUUGAUGGAAGAGCUGACUACUGGUUGGAGAGGGCAGCCAAGCAUUUUCCUGGUAAUCGGAUAAUUUAUAAACUGAAGGAAAAGUUACUGAGCUCAAAGGGACAAUUGGACCAUUCACAACUGUUUGAACUUAUUCAGUCUGAACUACAUUCCAGACCAGAUGAUCCACAUGCUAAUAUACGCUUGGUAGAAUUCUACUGUUCUUUUGGGAAACUUGAAGAAGCAGUAAAUUUCUGCUUGAAUACGGAGAAAAGAAGAGCUCUCUCCAGAAGUUUGGAAUGGAACACUUGUCUGGUACAAACAUUGAAGGGAUAUCUUAGUUCAUCAAAUGUCUCAGGAGUUGAUAAAAAUAGAUGGCGACCAAUACUGAGGGAGUUGCUCCUAGCUUCCUCUAAUGUAAUGUUUUUGACAUUAUCAAACAGCGAUGUACAAGAUUCUAUAGAUGCUCUAAUAAGUUUUGAUUAUACAAUGCACAUUACAAAAUCGUAUAUUACCACAACAAUGGAUGACCUUUCUGCUGCGUUCACGGAAUUAAGAGGACAUCUCUAUUUGCAUGCUGGAACACUACUUCUAAAGAUGGCUCAACAGAAUGAGAUCCAGUGGAAAGCAAUUGUAGAUCUUGCUGCACUGUGCUAUCUGAUUGCCUAUCAGGUUCCAAGACCCAAGAUAAAAUCUAUGAAAGCACAAGAGAUAAGCAAGGAUUUGCUGAACUGGUUAGCGUCAGACAGGCAAAGUCAAUCGGGUCACAUGUUAAUUAACUUAAUGAAGGGAAAGCCUAACUUUCACAAAGAAGUGGUGGAAACCUUUGCAAACAAAAGUGGCCAAACUGCAUUGAUUGAAACAUUGUUCGGAAGGCUGCUGAAUUCUGAAAGGUCUUUUCUAGCCAAUGAUGACACACGAGAUGUUGCAGGAAAACAACCAGAUGCAAAUGAUCUUCCAAUAUGGGAUGAUGGUUGCGUUAAGUUCCAUGGUGGAAAUUUUCAGCACCUUGUCUGGCUUGGUUUGCAGCAGUUUUCAACACCACAGUUGCCUGUGGUCCGGAAUUGGCUAAAGCAGUUAUUUCCUAGAUUGCCCCAGGAAACAUCACGGCUUGACACAAAUGCUCCUGAGACUAUUUGCAUUUUGGAUCUUGAGGUUUUUCUUCUUGGAGUGAUAUAUUCAAGUCACACACAGUUACAAGAUAAAUCGGCUCAUCACUACAAUUUACACCAACCACAGUACCUGCCAUUAUCAAUUAGUAAACUACUCUAUACAGAGCGACAACGGGCCUGGUGGGAUGCUGUUUACAGCCUUAUCUACAAAAAAGCACAACCAGGUACAUCAGUUAAACUAAGACUCUUAAUCCAACGUGAGCUUGGUACCCUGAGAGCAUUAGAAAAACAUGGUCUUCAACCUGCCCUAAUUAUACACUGGGCACAAAGCUUGGUCAACACCGGAAAUCGAUUAAAUUCAUAUUAUGACCAGAAGGAAUACAUUGGACGGAGUGUAUUCUAUUGGAAGAAAGUUCAGCCAUUACUACAGAGCAUCAGAAAGAAAAGGAGCAUUCAUGAACCUAUUGAUCCAUUGUUUAUGCAUUUCCAUAGUAAGGAAAUUAAGGUUGAUGAUAUUAACAAUUAUGAAAGGCAAGCAGAAAUUGCAUUUGCCUUGCUUCAUGUAGUUGAUGGAAAAACUGAUGAGGCGAUUGCUGCUUUUGAAUCCAUCAAUAACAUCACUGCACAUUGGCAUCUUGCUAUGAUAUUUCACAGAAGAUCUGAAGAGUAUGAAAAUGGUGAUGGGAUGACGCCAGAUGAACAAGAAGAAUGUAAAAAUUGUUUAAUUAACAGCAAAGAAUAUCUGAAAAAAGUCCUGAACGAAACUGAAAUUAACAUAGCGGCUAUUGACAAUUUGCCUGUACCAGUAGAUGCAGUAAAAGAAAUGCUGGAAUUGGUAAAUCAGCAUCUUCAUGAAUACAACGAUUACGAGCUUGAUCAUGGAGAAGAAAUAAAUGAAUUAUCCGAGACAGCUGAAAAUGGCACUUCUCCGGAGAUGAUACCAGUAAACCAUUCUACCGUAUCUCCAAUAAAACUUAGUCCGUCGCCAAGCAAAAGUUACAAGUGGUCUCCAAAGACUCCACCUCGCUGGGCUGAAGAUCAAAAACAUUUGCUGCAGAUGCUUUGCCAACAAGUGGAACAACUGAAGGGUGAAGUGCGUGAGCUUAAAGUGAACAGUUCAAAUACAACAGAAUCCCCACGCUCCCAAUGGCACACAGAUAAUUAUGAUUCGUGUGCUGAAAAUUAUCAAGGAGUACAAAGUUUUCAGGGUGCACCCUUAACAGUUGCUACCUCAGGAUCAACGGUUUUCUACAAUCAAUCUCCUGCAUACAAUUCCCAAUAUCUUCUUAGAGCUGCUACCAACGUGGCUCCAACUAAGCCUGCAUAUGGAAUUGGUCGGAUUCCCCCACAGCAGUCUAUGUAUGGAUACCAACAGCAAGCUCAUACACCCCCUAUUCAAACCAAUUCGGCAUGUAUUUAUUCACAGGACGUGUAUGGGCCACAGCUGCGUUUUGAAUCUCCUGCAACUGGGCUGCCUUCACCAUUUGGUGAAGACUUCUACAAUCACGGCGUUCCACAAACAAAUACAAAUCCACCUUUGCCAGAGCCUGGUUACUUCACCAAACCACCUGCAGAAGUGCGCCUAAUGAAACCUACAGAAACUAAAGGAAGGUUUGGAACACCUAAUCAACAGAUGCAAAAUGAAGCUACAAAGAAUUCAUUGGUUUCUGCACCAUUGCACUCAACACCCACAACAACAUUUAAAUUUAACUCAAAUUUCAAGAAUAAUGAGGGAGAUUUUACAUUUUCCUCACCACAUACGAAAACCCAGACACCCCCAUCGUCUGCCAGUGAUAGUCUCCGAGGAAUUUUAACUGCGGGUAGAGGUGUAAAAAAUGAUUUGCAUCUAGGUCAAAUGUCUGCACAGGGAAUGCACAGUCAAGAGAGCUCCUUUUCCCAUGGAGAGCAGGGCUCUUUUAAUAGCUAUCUAGCACAAAAGCAAAACAAAAAUACAUUCAACAAUGUAUUGAGUAACCAGGUAUUUUCUUUCAAGAAUACUGGUAAGGUGGCAACUUCUGGCAAUAAUGCAGAAGACAAAGAUGGUCGAAAUGAACAAAACAGUGUACUAGAUGAAGAAGAUGGACCACAUUUUGAUCCAGUUAUACCUCUUCCUGAUAAAGUAGAUGUUAAAACUGGAGAAGAAGAUGAGGAACCACUGUUUUCCAACAGAGCAAAACUCUUCCGUUUUGACACAGAAACCAAAGAAUGGAAGGAACGAGGCAUUGGGUACAUAAAACUGCUACAACAUAGGACAUCUGGCAAAAUCCGGCUCCUAAUGAGACGAGAUCAGGUUCUUAAGAUCUGUGCAAAUCAUUACAUAACAGCCGAUAUGAAGUUAAAACCUAAUGCAGGUUCUGAUAAGUCAUGGGUCUGGUAUGCAUUAGAUUAUUCUGAUGAAAAGCCAGUACCGGAGCAACUUGCUGUUCGUUUUAAAACAACUGAUGAGGCUGCAUUGUUUAAAACCAAAUUUGAAGAAGCACAAAACUUGGUUAAAGGUCAGAAAUUAAAAUCAAGCAGUCUGUUGGGUCAAGAACAGAAAAUAGGAAUCAAAAUAAAGUCUGAUGAGGUUAACUUGGGUACUGUUAAGUCUACUGAAGAUUCUGGAUUUGGUGCUACUAAUCGAAAACAAAGCUUGCCCUUUACUUCACAAACCUUGCUGCAAAAUGGAAAUACAGUUGAAGGAACUGAGAAGAUUACAGCUUUUUCCAAACCAAUAGGUUUUGGUGACAAAUUUCCUAAUAAUGACACAAAAUCUGCAUGUUUUCAGACGCCCAAAGCUAAUGGCAAAGUUCCUAUUACUACUUCAUCUGGCCCGUCAGCCUUCAGUGAGAGAACACCCACGUUAACACAAGGCACAUUAGAAGGAUUAAUUGCCAAAAAACAGUGGUAUUGUCAAAGUUGUUAUGCGAGUAAUGAAAUGGAAGUGACAAAAUGUGUAUGCUGUCAGGAACUCAAACCUGGCAGCAAAAUCCCAGUUGUUCCUUCAGCUGUCCAGCCAGUUUACAGUGAAAGGCCAUGCACAUCCACACAGGAAGCAUUUGAUGGAUUCUUUUCCAAAAAGGACGGACAGUGGGAUUGUGCCACUUGUUAUGUGAGAAAUAAUUCAACAGCGACAAACUGCAUUGCCUGUCAGGAAACCAACCCCAACAAUAAAACUGCAGGAAUUUCAAAAACUGCUACUGCUCUUGGUGGUAUUUGUCCUAAAUUAGAUGCACCUGAAAUGGGAUUCAAACUAAACUUUCCUGCAAGUGGCAUUAAAUUUGGCCAUGAUGUUAAUGACUCUACAGCCUUCAAGGUUGGGACAUCAUCUCAGUCUUCAACAGCAUUUUCCAGUUCUACAUUUGCAUUUUCUUCACCUAGUUCAGGUGGUGGCUUCACAUUUGGGUUGCCAGAUACAUGUAAUAAAGGUAGUCAGCAAGGAUCAGCUGCACUCUUUUUAAAAGCCUUCGCGGAACAAAAAGAAAGGGAGAGAAUCACUUCAGAUUCUGAUGGAGACCAAGUUCCAGCAUCUGAUAUUUCAAGCCAAGGUCAAGAUUUUAUUAUUGGUAAAGAUACGAGCACCUCCACCUUUGCUGAUUUAGCAAAAACUGCAGAUAAGGGAUUUCAAUUUGGCCAAAAAGAUCCUCAUUUCAAAGGUUUUGAAGGAGUGGGUCGGCAGCUGUUUGCAGCAAGAAGUAUAAAGGCUGCUUCUGUAGAUGAUGAAGAUGAUGAACUGUACAAAACUGAUGAGGGAGAUAAUAUUCAUUUUGACCCUGUGGUUCUCAUGCCUGAAAAAGUAGAUCUUAUUACUGGUGAAGAAGAUGAAACGGACCUUUAUUCACAGAGAGUUAAGCUAUUUAGGUUUGAUACAGAAAUCAGCCAGUGGAAAGAACGGGGUGUUGGAAACCUCAAAGUUCUCCAAAACAAAGCCAAUGGCCGGCUUCGAAUAAUAAUGCGUCGGGAGCAAGUUUUCAAAGUGUGUGCAAAUCAUUGGAUCACUACCACUAUGAAUCUCAAACCAUUAAUGGGCUCUGAUAGGGCUUGGAUGUGGUUGGCUAGUGACUUCUCAGAUGGUGAGGCAAAGCCAGAGCAGCUAGCUGCAAAGUUUAAGACUCCAGAGCUGGCUGAAGAUUUUAAGGACAAAUUUGAAGAAUUCCAAAGAUUACUGUUAGAUAUACCACUACAAACUCCUCAUAAACUAUUGGACAAUGGCAAGACUGCUCGACUAAUACAAAAAGCUGAAGAAAUGAAAAGUGGUUUAAAAGACCUAAAACACUUUUUGAAAGAUGAGAAAAGAAGUGUGAAAGAUGAAGGGAAUCUAAUGUUGAGUUCCAUAUCUGAAAACAGCAGCAUCUCCGCCUUAGUAAUUAAACCUCAUUCUGAAAGUACUGGACCAACGUUAGAAUGGGAUAAUUAUGAUCUACGUGAGGAAGCUUUGGAUACAAGUGUAUCUAGCACUGCAUAUGGAUCUCCUGACACUAUCAGUCCUGUGAGGAAAAAUCUUUUCCGCUUUGGUGAUUCAGCAUCUGGAUUUAACUUUAAUUUCCAGCCAAGCUUGAGUCCAUUAAAAUCUCCUAAACUGAACCAGAGUGGGUUGUCUCUAGGUACAGAUGAAGAUUCAGAAUUUGGGCCAGAGGAGGAGAAGGAUGCUCAGCAUUUUGAGCCAGUUAUUCCAUUACCUGAUUUGAUUGAUGUAUCAACAGGAGAGGAAAAUGAGCAAGUUAUCUUUUGUCACAGAGCUAAACUUUACCGCUAUGACAAAGAAAUGGGACAGUGGAAAGAAAGAGGAAUAGGGGACCUGAAAAUCUUACAAAAUUAUGAUUCCAAAAAAGUUCGGAUAGUUAUGAGAAGGGAUCAGGUGUUAAAAAUUUGUGCCAAUCACUGGCUAACACCCGACAUAAAAAUGGAGCCCAUGAAAGGAACUGAAAAAGCCUUUAUUUGGAGUGUAAUGGAUUUUGCAGAUGAUGUUGCAAAGGUGGAACAAUUAGCUGUUCGUUUCAAGCAGCAAGAAGUUGCUAGCUCUUUCAGAGACCUCUUUGAAGAAGCCAAGAAGGCUCAAGAACAAGGAACAUUAGUCACACCAUUAUCCUCAAGAGAAACUACACCAAGGGAAUCUCCUUGUUGUAAAAUUCCAGUGUCAAUGCUGGAAGAAACUAUUAAGGAAACAACAGAGCAAACAAGUACUUGUGUUUCAAGUCCCAGUAUUGCAGUCAAGUCAGCAAGUACCAGCUUGACAGAAUCACCUCCAGUAAAAUUUCUAUUUGGAUCUGAUUUGAAAUCCAUCUUCAGCAAUGAGAACGAGAGGCCUUUCACUUUUGGUAAUUCAGCAACUGGAUCCUUGUUUGGUUUCAGUUUUAAAAGCACAGAAUCUGCCUCAAGAGACCAAGUACAAAGUGACCCGUCUGCUAUUAAGAAUAAACUACAGGAUAUCACUAGUGGCGGAUUUGAUUUUCGUAAAGCAGCUGCAUCUUUGUCGAAGUGUUCAAUGGCCAGCUUGUUGUCUUCAAACUCAACAGAAUGCUUGGAAACUGCUUUUGCAACUGGGGAUAAAUCCAAACACACUCCAUUUAACAGACCACAAACUGUUGAAGAUGAAGAAGUACAAAUUGUUUUUGUAUUAACACCUACACCUGAACAAGAAAUUCUUGCGAAAGAACUGAAGCUUCCUCCAAUGUUUUUUUGCUACAAGAACAAACCUGGCUAUGUUAGUGAUGAUGAUGAAGAUGAUGAAGACUACGAAGCUGCAGUUAAAAAGCUAAAUGGAAAACUGUAUCCGGAUAAGCCACAAAAGCAAAAAACAUCUGUAGCAGGUGAAACCUUGGAAGCUGGUGGAAAACUUGAUCCAGAUGAGCCAAAGGAUCCAGAAUGUGUGCCUGCAACAGCUGAUAGUAGUCUUGAUGGGAAUCUGUACCCGGAUCAACAUGAUGAAUGGUUCCAUCCAGGUGCAUCUCAGCAACAAGUUUCCACUGAAACAGGCACAUUCUUGGAAAUUACUGAUAGCAAGAUACGGGCUGAUGACCAGAAGGAGCAAAAGUCCUGUGCAAUAGGCUCCAGUGGGGAUACUCUGGUCGAAGAUGGUGAUAAAGAUUGUAUCCUUGUGUGGGAGAAAUUGCCAACUCCUGAAGAGAGGUCGAAAGCUGAAAAAUUGUUGCUACCUUCGACCUUCUUUUGUGGUUUAAGUAGUGAUACAGAAGGAGAGAAGGAAGAUGACGACUUUGAGACUGAAAUUAGAAAGAUCAGGGAAUUUCAGAGAGGACAAGAAGGGCUGAUCAGCAGCUCCACUGAUGUCUUUGCCACAGCGCAGUUGAAUGAACAGACAAUGGUUACACCAGCUACUGGAGAAGCUGAACCAGAUUCCACAACACAUUUUGAACUAAAGGCAGAAUUUCCAGCAUCAGAUGAUGGCAGGCCCAUUGAUUUAUCGAGUAAAAAAGCUAUGGAACCUGAUUCUACCACAGCAGAGAACGGCUUAUUUAACUCGAUAGGAUUUUCUUUUGCAGAUUUGGCUGCAAAUAAUAACGCAUACACAUUUACACAAAAAGAAACCAAUUUUGUGUGGGAAAAUGCAGGCAUUCCUGUUUUUAAAUCAGCGGUGACUCGAAUUCCAGGUGAUAAUGAAGAUGAUGGUACUGAUGUAGUAUCUAGUGAAGAGAUCCACUUUGAACCAAUAGUUUCUUUACCAGAGGUUGAAACAAAAUCUGGCGAAGAAGAUGAGGAAAUUAUAUUUAAGGAAAGAUGUAAGUUGUACCGAUGGGACAGAGAUGCUUCACAGUGGAAAGAACGAGGGGUUGGAGAUCUUAAAAUUCUCUCUAACUCCCAAAAGCAAUGUUACCGUAUUCUUAUGAGGAGAGAACAGGUUUUGAAGGUCUGUGCAAAUCAUGUUAUCACUGAUGAAAUGGAGCUCAAAUUAAUGAAUACUUCAAGUAAUUCUUAUGUCUGGACUGCAGCAGAUUACACUGAUGGCGAAGCAAAAAUUGAACAACUUGCUGUCCGAUUCAAAACCCCAGAGUUGGCUGCUGUUUUCAAAAAUAAAUUUGAAGAAUGUCAAAAAGCACUUUCACAGCUCCAGAAAUCUGAAGAAUGCCAGGUUAUGUCCCAAUCAGAUGUCAACAAUCCUGCCGUUUAUUUUGAUGUAUCUGCUGGUGAGGUGAUGUUGGGAAGGAUUACCAUGGAACUGCUAGCAAAUAAAGUUCCACGAACAACUGAAAAUUUCAGAGCCCUUUGCACUGCGGAGAAGGGUUUUGGAUUUAAAAAAUCGAUAUUUCACAGGGUUAUUCCAGGAUUUGUAUGCCAGGGUGGUGAUAUCACAAAUUCUGAUGGAACUGGUGGAAAAUCUAUUUAUGGUGGUAAAUUUGAAGAUGAAAACUUUAUUUUACGACACACCUGUCCUGGUUUGUUGUCAAUGGCAAAUAGUGGCCCAGACACCAAUUCCUCGCAGUUCUUCAUCACACUGAAAGAAGUUCCACAUUUAGAUAUGAAACAUGUAGUUUUUGGCUAUGUAAAAGAAGGCAUGGAUGUUGUGAAACUAAUUGAAACGUUUGGUUCAAAAGAUGGCCAUACAAGUGACACCAUUAUGAUUACUGAUUGUGGACAAAUAUCUUAAACAGAAUACCUGGUUUUCCUCUGUGCUUAUGCACACUUGUGUAUAAGUCUAACGUUAAGGAUUCAGAAUGGUGUAAUGCUGGAUAUUGCCAUGGUGUAAAAUGUACUGGUCUAAACUUUGGAUGUCAAUUUUUUUGUUGGAUAUUGCAUGUUUCAGAAUAAACAUUUUGACAAACAUUAACAAGCAGUGGCAUCUAUCUUAAGCGUACACAUCAUGGUUUUAUAACGCUUGCAGUUUUAGUCAAACUGUAAAAGGAGCAGUGCUUUUAAACCUGGCAACUGGCAUGGAAAGAAUAUUGUCAUAUUUACCACUUUUUUGAGAAUAUAAUAUUUGAGAAUUAUUGAGAUGCAACUUGGUAAAUGCAUUCCAGUUCUAAAAGUGAAUAUUGGAGACAAAAUUAUGAGAUGUUUGCCUUGAUUUUGCAUAUUUGGUGCUGUUAAAAUUUAGUGCAGCAUUACAUUUAUUUUUCAAUUCUAAUCCUUGAAUUUUCUGAUUCACUGUUUUGAUGUCAAGAAUUAAGUUAAGCUGUCAACAUUGCAAAUACUGAUUUAAUUGUAAAAUGUAAACUCUAACAGAUUCUCUAGUAUUUGCUAAUGUUUGUGAUUGGCUCUGUAAUUUUAAAUUGGUAAAUUUAAAUUGUUAAAUCCAUAAGUUUAUACAUAUUUAUAAUAAAGGAAUAAUUCUGUAUCAACUAUAAGCAGUUUCUUCUUUUAGGUUCAAAUUCAUGCAAACUUUAAGUGUGGGGAUAUACAAACUUACAUUAAAUUUUACACUUUCUAAA